UGACGUAAAAAUGAGUGCGUUUAAUAAUAAUUUGCAAUAAAACUGAAGUGGUUAAGUUUUAUUGUGCCAAAGUGCAUGAAAAAACAGGCCAAUUUUAUCGAAAUAGGUCUAUUGCCAAAAAAAAGUUCCAGAGGUGUUUUGUGGUGGGGACACGUGUUAUACUCCAUGUCCAUGUACGGUUAUUACCGUGCGAUUGGCCGCCCUGUUUAGAAUAUUGAGAACAUAUGAUUUUGACAAACCAAUUAUUGUCAACAUUGUAAGAUCUGUUUAGAAAAAUUUGUAUUUAGUUUUUCAUAAAACAAGUAAAUGCUGUUCAACUCAAACUCAACACUCAAAUAUUAGCGUGAAAGUGCACCAACCCGCAGGUAGAAGAAUGGUUAUUUACUGUAUUUACAUAGUAUCAAAGUCAGGAGGUUUAAUUUUCAACUACGAUCACAAUGUACCAAAAGUGGAAAAUGAACGAAAAUUCACUUAUCCUCUGGAUAUUCGACUAAACUACGAAAACAAAAAGGUUUCCGUACACUUUGGACAGCGCGAUGGAAUUAAUGUGGGUCAUGUUCUAACCGCGGUGAAUGGAAUGCCUGUAACUGGAAGGCAAUUGGAUGAUGGAAGAGAUGCAAAGGACGUGCUUGAAAGCAAGGAGAGUUACCCCUUAACCCUCAAGUUCAGCCGCCCUAAGAUGACCACGAACGAGAAAAUAUUCCUGGCCAGCAUGUUCUACCCCCUGUUUGCCAUAGCGAGUCAGUUGAGUCCAGAGCCGAAGUGUUCUGGCAUCGAAGUGCUGAAAGGAGACACUUUCAAGCUGCAUUGCUUCCAAACUUUGACAGGAGUGAAAAUUAUGACUGUAGUGGACAGAAACCAAAUCGGUGCUGAAGUGUUUCUAAAGCGGGUUUACGAACUCUAUGCAGAUUACGCUCUGAAAAACCCUUUUUACUCUUUGGAGAUGCCGAUUAGGUGUGAGCUCUUUGAUACAAACUUGAAAGCAAUGCUGGAACAAAUCGACAAAAGUGGAAUUGCCAGCAUAUAAGUUCCACAAAACAUUAUUAUUAUUGCUUCGAAGCCCUCAAAGCAUUCAACGUAGUAAGGAAAAGAAUACACAACAUUUUUCACA